AUGGAUUCCUCAAAUAUCAUCAAAGUGACUGUGAAGACUCUCAAGCAGAAGGAGCAGUUUGAGGUUGCUCAGAGCAGCACCAUCCAGGAGUUUAAGGAAGAAGUUGCCAAGCGUUUCAAAACACCCCCUGAUCUGCUGGUCCUGAUAUUUGCUGGGAGAGUCCUCAAGGAUCAAGACACUUUGAGCCAGCAUGGAGUUCACAGCGGAGUCAGCAUCCACGUGGUCAUCAGGUCCCAAAAGAGACCGCAGGAUGGCCUGGCAGAUCAAGGAAGCCAGACCAUGGAGAACCUCUUGUCUGAGAUCCUCAGUUCAGGAUUGGAUCUGAACACCAUCACCAACAACACAUUUUUGCUAGGAUUCCUCCUUGGGGUGACAGGUGUACAUCUCCUAGGCCUGGACUCAACGGACAUGAUGGACUUGGUGAGUAGCAUUCAAGAACAAGAUGUGUCCAUGCACAGCUUGAUAAGCGAGAUGGUGCAGAGCACCUUCAUGCAGAACAUCCUUGACAAUGCCGAUCUCGUCAGGGAUCUCAUCAUGUCCAACCCUCAGAUGCAGCAGCUGGCUGAAGAAAACCCCGAGAUCAGUCAGAUUCUCACCAACCCACAGACUAUCAGAGAAAUAUUAGAGGCCUCCAGCAGUCCUGCCGUAAUGCAAGAGAUGAUGAGGAACCACGAUGUGGCCAUGAACAACCUUGAAAGCAUCCCUGGUGGGUACAGAGCUCUGGAGCAGAUGUACAGGGAAAUUGAGGAGCCCAUCUUGGAUGCUGUGCAGGCACAGCUGGGCAACAACCCCUUUGCUUCCUUGGACAGUAGCCCACCCCCGAGUGGAGCCAGGCUACCAGCUCAUACCGAAAACCGGAGGCCAUUGCCCAACCCUUGGGCUCCGCAGUUCAACGGAGUCAGUGAUAAUGCAGCUGACUAUGACGGCCAAUUUGCCAGCAGCAGCGCAAGCGACCGUUUUGCCUUGCUGAGUUUGGGUCCUGCAGCAGGUGCAGUGGUACCCAACUCAGGGGAGGUUUAG